AUUGACGAAACGACAAAAAGACCUCGCCCAAUUACAAUUUCACAUGGCCCGUGCACAGCCUUCCAUCCUAUGUAUGUACAACACACUAGCGCGGUAAACUUGCCGCCCCGAUGCCGACCCUCGACCAAUCAAAUCCCUUGCAACAUGAUUAUCUCAACCUCGAACUCUUAAAUCGCCUCAAUACAAGAAUUAAUUCAAUCCAGCUGUCUAAAGCUUAGGUCAGGUUAGGUCAGGUACUUAGGUCCAGCAGCCCGCCCCUUCCUGGCAUUGUCCGGUAGUCACACCCACGUCGCCUUCGCAGCUGCCGGACUCUCCCAAAAACAUCACACACAAAAUGGCAUCCCUCAGAACCCAAGCGGCCGCCGCCACCACCACCAUGCUUCGAAGCGCGAGAUUGGUUCCGAAUAGGCAGGCUUUGGCCAUGGCGCAGCGGCGCUUCAAGACUGACGACUCGAAAACUUCUCUUACCGAGACGACCGAACAAGCCGCUAUCCCCGAGGAGAAGCCUCAUAAUGCUCCCGACUUUGGUGCGCAUAUCGACCGAGCUACAUCAACAUUCACACCCGUUCCGAAGCGAGUAAUGGAUGGUAGCGAAGACCAUGCCGUCCUCCCCGCCGCUGUGCUCUCCGGCGCACCAGUGGAACUGCAGGCCAGAACCGUCCGAAUCUACCAACCGUCCAAACCCGCCACGCAGUCAGGAAACUGGGGUAGCCACCACUGGAGAAUGGACUGGGACGUCCUAGCCAAGGGACACCGAUGGGAGAACCCUCUAAUGGGCUGGCAAUCAUCCGGUGAUUUUAUGCAGGGCACCAAGCUCGAAUUCAAGAGCAAGGAAGACGCUAUUGCUUUCGCCGAAAAGCAGGGUUACGAAUAUUUCGUACAAGAACCCAACGUUCGAGCCUUUACACCAAAGGCUUAUGCUAAUAACUUCUUGUAUUCGCCCAAGAAGCUAAAGCUCGUGCGAGCUAAAUAGACGGCAAAAUAGAUCAGUCUGGGAAAGUGACCA